AUGUUAACGGCUGGAAUCCAUCGGAGAUCUCUAGGAUCCAAAGCGUCUGAGAACUUUGUAAACCUGGCAUGGUGGGUGUGUCCUCAGCUGGUCGAAGUGAUUGGUGCGACGGGCAACGAUAGUUCUUUCUUCGCCGCUACCAUGCAGCUGCGGCAACCGUAUGUUCAUGUCACGAUAUUUUUUGUGGCCGUGCUGGCCACGGUGUAUUCUCAGACCACCCCACUGUUCCCUGUUGCUUGUGAACUUAAUGUGCUUAUUGUUCUGGACAGGUCAGACUCAGUAAAAGGAGGUUUCAACAAGAGUCGAAAAUUUGUCAUAGAUGUCUCCGAAGAGCUUCAAAUUGGACCUCUCAAGCACAGGGUUGCGAUGGUGGUAUACUCAGGUCCAAGUUAUAGAAGAGAAAUUUUUCCCUGGAAUUUCGCAAAAAACAACGAAGAGUUCGUUAGAAUCACAAAUGGGUUGCGAGCUAUAGGUGGGACGACAAGUACUAAGAGGGCUCUUGAAGUGGCUCAGCAGCUAAUGAAUCAACGAAACAAAACAAUCUCAACACUUGUUUUGGUAGUCACCGAUGGAAGAUCGGCUGAUGAUCCAAAAGAGGCGGGGCAACGCCUACAACGUGAGUACAACACCUGGAUAUUCGCUGCGGCUACGGGAGAACCUGAGAAAGUCGAUAAACGAGAACUACUCGACAUCACUGGUAAUGUGAAUCAUAUCGUUCUGCAUCGAGGUAGGGAGUUGGCCACUGACAUCACAAAGCGACUUCUUCGUCAGGCACAGGAGAAAUGUCGAACUACUACCACCACCACCACAACAACAACUACCACUACCACGACAACCACAACCACCACGAAUCCCAUAACUGGUUGCGAAUUGGACCUCGUACUGGUCAUGGACUUCUCGACUACAACAGAUCCAAUCAUAAGGUUCUACAAAGAAUUGGCGCAAAAACUGAUCAGUGCACUUAAGAUUGGACCGCACUACACACAAGUUGCGGUCGUUACGUUUGCAACAGUCGGCAAAACUCGUACAAAAUUCAAUCUCAAGCGAUACAAAACACAACCCGAAGUGCUCCAUGCAAUCGCACAGCUUGAGACAAGCGGAGGCACGACUGCAAUAGGUGCUGGUAUCAAAGAAGGAAUCAAACAAACUAGCGAAAAAGAAGGAGCAAGGCCUGGCAUUGCAACUAGGGUGAUGAUAGUUUUCACCGAUGGAUGGAGCAAUAAAGGGCCUGAACCUGAAGAUAUUGCCAGAGAAGCUGUUUCUCAGGGAUUUGAGCUGUACUCUGUUUCAUACACGAAAAAAGUCGCUGAUGCUGUCACAGUUAACCAUUCCAUGUUGGAGUCGAUCGCACAAGAUAUGCAACACAUCUACACGGACAAUAAUUUUGAACAACUCAUUGAGAAGGUCCGGCGACGGAACUUGAAGUGCAUGUGA